AUGGAGUACAAGCUGUCUACGUUGUCUGUCAGCAUUCUUCGUGCCGUUCUGACAACACUCUCCAUCUUCUUCAUCUACCUAGCCUUUGUCGAGCCAUGGUUCAAUCCGCUUAGAAACCUGCCUGGCCCGCCUAGCAAGAGGGCUAUUCAAGGACCAACUAGGUCUUCGUCCAUCUCACCUCAAGUCCAGGAGGCAUUCGUGAAACAGUACGGACGAAAUGUGAUGAUUCGAGGCAUCUUGCCUGUGCAUCAACGCCUUUUCACUCUUGACCCCGUUACCCUCUCGCACAAACCAUGGCACUCCCGCUGGCUUAUUAUCGGCCUCACUGGAUGCGGUAUGCUUGCAGUAGAAGGUCAGGUGCAUAAGCGACAACGUCGAGUGGCCAUCCCGGCGUUCUCUGUGCAGAACAUGCGUGCCUUGGUCCUGCUUGUAUUCGUGAAGGGGAAUGACCACGAUACAAGUGAGAAGGCGAUGAACGGUGCAAAGCUUGAUGUGUGUCACUGGGUGAGCCGGGCUACCUUUGAUGUCAUAGGAUCAGCGGGCUUCGACUACCAAUUCAACGCCAUUCAGGACGAGACAAACGAGCUCUUCAGUGCGUACGAAGAGAUGUUCGAGAUCGGCGUUUCGCAACAAGAGGGUUCUCUCCGCAGUCUAGUGGCCCUUCACUUCCCAAUCAUCAAUACUCUUUUUCCGGAUAAAGCCGCGUUGACUGUGCGGAGAUGUCAGGAAGUGAUCCGUCACGUCGCUGGUCAGCUUGUACAAGAGAAAAAGCAUAAAACAGCGGAGGCUGAACGGAGCGGAAGCAUUUAUCAGGGCAAGGACCUGCUCACGCUGCUCUUCAACUCGAACGGUGCAGCAGAUCUUCCUCCGGAACAACGCAUAUCCGACGAAGAUAUUCUCCACAACAUCAACACCUUCAUGUUCACCAGCUCCAACACAAGCUCACUCGCGAUCACCUGGAUGCUCCAUCUCCUUGCCAAUGUGCCUGUGCGCACGCGGAUGCCAGAUGGGAGCGUGCAGGAGGUGAUGAGCAUUAGAGUGCCGAAGGGGGCGCUCAUACAUGUACCCAUGGAGGGAUUCAAUCUAGAUAGGGAGGUGUGGGAAACUGACGGUUGGGCGUUUAACCCGGACCGUUGGGAUAAUCUUCCCGAAGCCAUGAAGUCACAGCCUGGUUUGUAUAACAACACCCUCACGUUCUCGGCUGGGCCAAGAUCGUGCAUAGGAAUGCACUUUUCCGUUAUCGAGAUGAAGACAUUCCUCUUCAUCCUCCUUACAAGCUUCACGUUCGCUGAGAGCGACGAGCAAGUCGGCAAGGCCAACGUUGUGCUGACAAGGCUGUAUGUGGUGGGCAAGCAUUUGGAGGGUAGCAAAUGUCCUCUUCUCAUGACGCCGUAUAUCCGGGAAUCUGCACAUUGAGGCCAG